AUGUGAUCCCGCCCUCCCGGUGAUCGGGCCCCGCCCCCCCUCGGACUCGCGCUCACCUGUCCUCAGCGCGCGCGAGGCGCUCCCUACUCUCUGUCACGUGCUGGAUUGUCAUGGUGACGGCUAGGUGGUCCGGAAAUGCUGGCUUUGUUUCCGGGUCAGAUGUCAGGGUACUGUUUCCGGUUGUGCUCGUGAUGCUGCGGGCGGCGCUGGGAGGUGCGCGGGUCCUCCUGCUACCUCGGCGGGGGGGCUCAGGGGCCCAGCGAUGUCUCCGGUGGCGGCAGCCGCAGCAGCGGCGCGCGGUGUCGGAUGCCGCCGCCCAUCCCGGGGCGCUGGCCCCGCCUGGGCCCGGCUCGGCCGCGGAGCGGCUCGUGGGGCGCUGGCUGCUGGUGUGCAGCGGCGCGGUGGCCGGAGCUGUUGUGCUGGGGGGCGUGACCAGGCUGACAGAGUCUGGGCUCUCCAUGGUCGACUGGCAUCUGGUGAGGGAGAUGAAGCCCCCACAGACACAGCAGGAAUGGGAGGCUGAGUUCCAAAAAUACCAGCAGUUUCCAGAAUUUAAAAUCCUGAAUCAUGACAUGACAUUGAGAGAGUUCAAGUUCAUCUGGUACAUGGAGUAUUCACACCGCAUGUGGGGUCGGGUUGUAGGUUUGGCCUAUGUUCUGCCUGCUGUCUACUUCUGGAGAAAAGGCUGGCUCAGCCACCCCAUGAAGGGGCGUGUCCUUGCCCUCUGUGGGCUUGUCUGCUUCCAGGGUCUGCUAGGCUGGUACAUGGUGAAGAGUGGAUUGGAAGAGAAGCCGGAUUCUCAUGACAUCCCCCGAGUCAGUCAGUAUCGUCUAGCAGCACAUCUAGGCUCUGCACUAGUUCUGUAUUGUGCCAGCCUGUGGAGUGGAUUGUCCCUGCUGCUCCCACAACACAAAUUACCUGAAACCUAUCAGCUCCUCCGUCUGAGACGAUUUGCUCAUGGGACAACAGGUCUUAUCUUCUUCACUGCUCUCUCAGGUGCCUUUGUGGCCGGACUGGAUGCAGGCCUUGUGUACAACUCCUUCCCCAAGAUGGGGGAGCGCUGGAUCCCAGACGAUCUCCUCUCCUUCUCCCCAGUGCUGAAGAACACCUUUGAGAAUCCCACUACGGUGCAGUUUAAUCACAGGAUUUUGGGGAUCACCUCAGUCACUGCCAUCACAGCACUCUAUCUCCUCUCUCGGAAGAUCCCCCUACCACGCAGGACCAAGAUUGCUGUGGCCUCUUUAAUGGCUGUGGCAUAUAUGCAGGUGGGCCUGGGCAUCAGCACCCUUCUACUGUAUGUCCCAACUCCUCUGGCUGCCACUCACCAGUCGGGAUCCCUGGCACUGCUCACUGUGGCUCUGUGGCUUAUGAAUGAACUACGUCGGGUCCCAAAGUAGCCUGGCUUCAACUGGGCUCUGCAAGGACGUCUAGUUCUUUUCCCCACUGCACUGAUGUCGAUGCUCCGGCUGAUUGCUUUCCUCUGUGGUGACUUGCUGGGGUUCGAAAGGGCUCUGAGUGGGGAGUUCUGCAAGCCUGAAUUUAGACUGACCAGACUGACUGGUCUGUUUACUGCGAUAAAUUCUUGACUGUAAGAUCAUGUGCACUUUUGAUUGUAAACUUUGUAAUGUAAAUUAAUUUGUUUAUUAAGCUGCUUGUCUUUGGCUGGAUCCCUGGAUCAUGGGACUGGGAAGUGAGGGAUAGAGUGGGAUGAAACUACUCUGUGGUGGCAGCUGUUACAUGCUGUGGCAUCUUAGGUCUUGUCUACACUACAUGGUUUUGUCAACAAAGCAGUGGAGGGUGUACACACUACAAAACUCCUUCUGCUGACAAAAUUCUCCUGCUUUGCUGACAAAAUAAAACCACCUCGAUGAAAGGUGUAGAGCUUUCUGUGGCAAGGUUAUAUUGACAGUGUCAGUGUAGACACUGUGCUUGUAAAUAGCCUCGAAGAGGUGUCCCAGAAUGCCCUUGCUGACUGCUCUGGUCAGCAGUUUGAACUCUGCUGCCCUGCACCCAGGUACACAGGUAUCUGCCCCUCCCCCUUUAAAGGCCCAGGAAAUUUUGAAAUUUCACUUCCGGUUUGCUCGGUGUGGAGAGCUCACAUCGCAUCUUCCCAGCUGCCCAUGGCAGCUCCACACAGCAAACGCUCUCUCGCUCAGAGCACAGCUGAGUUGUUGGAUCUGCUGGCACUGUGGGGAGAGGAGGCCGUGCAGUCCCAGCUCUGUUCCAGCUGUGGGAACUUUGAUACCUACAGGCCGAUUUCUCAUGGCAUGUUGAAUAAGGGCUAUGAAGGGAACACACAACAGCGCCAUGGGAAAAGAAAGGAGUUGAGGCAGGUGUACCAGAAGGCAAGGGAGUCAAACUGUUGCUCUGGCGCUGUGCCAAAGACCUGCUCCUUCUAUAAGGAGCUGGACGCCAUCCUCAGCAGCAACCUCACCUCCGCCAAGAGCCCUGUGGAUGCCUCAGUGGGGCUGGAGACAGCAGACUUAACCCCAAAGUCGUGGAUGAGAGGAGGUCAAGUUGGAGGAUGACGUGGAGCACACGGCAGGGUCUUCUGUUGGCGCAGUGAAUCAGGACCUCUUAUCCAAUCCGGAGGGGUCUAGCCCGUCACAGCAGUCCGACUCUGGCGUGUAUGAUGCAGAAGAGGAGAGCCCUGUGUUGAUGAUGCUCAGUUACAUGAGGUAAGAGCUGACCUUUGCUCUAUAUAUUUUAGAAGUGGGAGAAGGGAUAGAAAUGUACAAGACUAGCGGUGUUUGCGUGUGCUUCACAUUCCCCUAUGCAGCUAAGCAGUGCCGCAGAACUGUGUCUUAAUGCACACUGAGAUUUCACGUGAAUCCUCCAGAGUUUUCUCUAGGAGAUUUUCCUGGAGGUACUCUCGAAUCCUCUGCCGAAGGUUCCUUGGCAGAGCUGCUUUGUUCCUUCUCAUGUCAACUUUCCCGUGCCAAUCAGCAAUCACUUGUGCCAGGGACCAAAGUGGCACAAAGAGACCCAGUCUGAAGCUGCGGGCAUUCAGGAGAUGCACCCUUGCAUACCCUUGGGAGUGAGAGAUUGGCUUCAGAGGGGAGGGGGAGGGAUAGCUCAGUGGUUUGAGCAUUGGCCUGCUAAACCCAAGGUUGUGAGUUCAAUCCUUGAGGGGGCUACUUAGGGAUCUGGGGCAAAAAUCAGUACUUGAUCCUGCUAGUGAAGGCAUGGGGCUGGACUCGAUGACCUUUCAGGGUCCCUUCCAGUUCUAGGAGAUUGGUAUAUCUCCUAUUAUUAUUAUAUUAUAGAGACCCACACCUAUGGAAAAUGUCAGAAUUUACAAUAUUGCCUCAGUAUCCUGUUCACUCCAUCCCUUUGGACAGCUUCUGGAAUGACUUACAUACAGCUAUAAGAGCCAAUGCUGCCCUUUUUUGUUUGUGUUGGUAAUUGGUAUUUAAUAAAAACAUACUCUCUGAAAGAUA